CAAAAACCAUCGAAUCACAAUCCUCCAUCAAUUUUUCUCUUCCUUUGUUGUUUUUGGCACUUUGUCCAAGGCGACCCUCUCUUCCUUUCAAAGAUUUUUAUUCAUUCAUUCCUUGAAGCUCUUUGCUUUCCCUUUUUAAUCACUCUCCACUCACCAAUCUUUUUUUCUCUUGCUUUCUUUAAUUUCUUGCUCGCUCAUACAUCACCCCCAAAUAAAGCUCCAAAGUAGACCAAACCCAUAGCUAAUAAUAGCUUUCCCAUUUUUUUCACAAAACCCCAAUCCCAAGCUUCUCUGUAUUCAGCUUUUCACCUCCUCCAUAGCCUACCCUGCGACCUCUGCAGCUCAAAACCCAGUCUUGUGAACUCUUUUUUGAGUUUUGUUUCUUGUUUCAGAUCUUGGGUUUGUCUGUUGUGAAUUCUUAUUGUUAUUGCACACUUUUUGCAUUGUUUAGUUUAUGAUUAUCAUUGAUGUUUUUGGGUUUUUCUAGGAUUUUGUUUGAUUUUGAAAAGGUGGGUGUUUUUUUAGGUAGAUUCCUCAGGCUGGGGAGGUGGGUGUAUAGUGAAAAAAGGUAUUCUGAUUCCCUCAAAACAAAAAAAAAAAAAGAUUCUUGAUUUAACACACUGAUAAUGCCAUUGUAAAGCUUACACCUUUCAACAUUUCCCUUUCAUUCUCUGCUCUUAUCCAUGAAAAAAAUUCUUGAAUUGUUAUUAUAGUUUCUGGAGAAUAAAAAGUUUGAGUCUUUUUUGGUUUUGGUGGAGUGGGUGAUGGAGAUUCUGUCACCAUCUUCUUCCUCUUACCUAUCAAACUCGAGCUGGAUUGUUGAAGAAAGCAAUAAGAGCACAAAAUGGACCCCCGCGGAGAACAAAGCGUUCGAGAAUGCCCUGGCUUUGUACGACAAGGACACGCCGGACCGGUGGGAGAAAGUGGCGGAAAUGGUGCCGGGGAAGACGGUGGGGGAUGUGAUUCGGCAGUAUAAGGAAUUGGAAGAUGAUGUUAGUAGCAUAGAAGCUGGGUUAAUGGACUUGCCUGUUCCGGUUUAUGCUAGUUCUUCUUCGUCUCUUUCUCCUUCGCCUUUCACUCUAGAUUGGGGGAAUAGCCGUGGGUUUGACGCGCCGCGGCAGGGCUUUGCCGGCGCCGGCGGAGGGAAGAGACCGUCGGCUAAUAGGACGCCGGAGCAAGAACGGAAGAAGGGCGUUCCCUGGACUGAGGAAGAACACAGGUUAUUCUUAAUGGGGCUAAAGAAGUAUGGAAAAGGGGAUUGGAGAAACAUUUCAAGGAAUUUUGUGAUUACCAGAACACCAACCCAAGUUGCCAGCCAUGCCCAGAAAUAUUUCAUCAGACAGCUUUCAGGGGGAAAAGACAAGAGGAGAGCCAGCAUCCAUGACAUUACAACUGUCAACCUUAACGACAACAAUCAAACCCCUUCACCGGACAGCAACAACAACGUUAACAACAAGCCGCCAUCGCCCGAUGGCGCCGCCACCGUGCAUUCGCAGCACAAAAUGCCCUUCCAGUGGAGCCAUCAGGUGAGCAAUGGGGCAGUCAUGGGGAGUUUCAGCACAGCUCAGCCCAACUUUUUCGCCCCGUCGCCCUAUGGAUUCGGGUCUUAUGGGAUGAACAAAGUGCAGAAUCAUGAAAUUUACUUUGGACAACAAAACAUGGCUUUGCAGAUACAAUCAGCACAGCAGUUUCAUCCUGCUUGAGUUCAUGCCAUGUUGUCCUAGAAUGCUUGUUGGUUUCAAUUUUAUUACAACCUUAAUUAACUCUGUUUCUGCUU